ACCAGGAGGGUGUAUAUAGGGAGGGCAAGAGCUCUGGGAAGACCCACUGGCAAGCUUCAAUGUAGCUGUGGGUAUCUGUACCCUAGAAGGGGCUAGUAUACACAUUCUAGUACCUGCCAUAAUUAUGGAAGGUCCAACUUCAAGCACCAACGGGAAGAAGAGGAAGAGUCCCUGUGAAUCUAGUAAUAAAGAAAGUGAUGAGACACAGGAGACACUGAACGGAGCUUUAGCCUCUGAACAAAGCUUGAAGAAGACCAAAAAAUCACAAUAUCCAACAAUAUUAGUGUUUUACUACAGGAAGGGUAAGAAAAUAUGUUCAAAUCAAAUGGAGAAAGACCAGUCCCGACAGAAUUCCAUUGAUCCAAUCCAAGAGGAGGGGGACAAAGACCUAGGCCCAUGUGAAGGAUCUUCACAGAAGGACGAAAACCUAGACUCAUGGGAAGGAUACUCACAAGAGGAUGAAGACCUAGAUGACUCAGCUGAAGGAUCUUCACAGGAGGCCGAAGACCUAGACUCAUGUGAAGGAUCUUCACAGAAGGACGAAGAGCUCGACCCAUGUGAGGGAACUUCACACAACGACAAAGACCUUGACCCAUGGGAAGAAUCUUCACAGAAGGACGAAGACCUCGACUCAUGGGAAGGAUACUCACAGGAGGAUGAAGACCUCGACUCAUAUGGAGGAUCUUCAAAGAAGGAUGAAGACCUCGACUCAUAUGAAGGAUCUUCAAAGAAGGAUGAAGACCUCGGCCCAUGGGAAGGAUCUUCACAGAAGGACGAAGACCUCGACUCAUGGGAAGGAUAUUCACAGGAGGAUGAAGACCUCGACUCAUAUGAAGGAUCUUCAAAGAAGGAUGAAGACCUCGACUCAUAUGAAGGAUAUUCAAAGAAGGAUGAAGACCUCGACUCAUAUGAAGGAUAUUCAAAGAAGGAUGAAGACCUCGACUCAUGGGAAGGAUAUUCACAGGAGGAUGAAGACCUCGACUCAUAUGAAGGAUCUUCAAAGAAGGAUGAAGACCUCGACUCAUAUGAAGUAUAUUCAAAGAAGGAUGAAGACCUCGGCCCAUGGGAAGGAUCUUCACAGAAGGACGAAGACCUCGACUCAUGGGAAGGAUACUCACAGGAGGAUGAAGACCUUGACUCAUAUGAAGGAUCUUCAAAGAAGGAGGAAGACCUCGACUCAUAUGAAGGAUCUUCAAAGAAGGAUGAAGACCUCGGCCCAUGGGAAGGAUCUUCACAGAAGGACAAAGACCUUGACUCAUGGGAAGGAUCUUCACAGGAGAACGCAGACCGCGACACAUGGGAAGGAUCUUCACAGAGGGACGAAGACGUCGACCCAUUGGAAGGACCUUCACAGAAGUACAAAGACCUCGACCCAUGUAAAAAGUCUUCACAGCAGGACGAAGACCUCAACUCAUGUGAAUGCUCUUCACAGAAGGAUGAAGACCUCAACUGAUGUGACAGAUCCUCACAGGAGGGUGGGCAGGAUUAGUCACAUGGGGAGAAACCCAAUUGGACAAGUAACAACAACAACAAAAUAAAUGUUGAGGA